AUGGCAAAGCUCUCCAUGGCGGCCUCCAACGACCUCUGCAUCAUGGCCAUUGUUGUGCUGGCCGCAGUGGCGGCUGCUGUCAGCGACGGUGAGGCUGCCGCCGUUGAGCACACCUUCAUUGUGAGCGAGAUGAAGAUGACACACCUGUGCAACGAGACGCUGGUCACCGUGGUGAACGGGCAGGUCCCUGGCCCUGCGAUCGAGGUCACCGAGGGGGACUCUGUCACCGUCCAUGUCGUCAACGAGUCACCCCACAACAUAACAAUCCAUUGGCACGGACUGAAGCAGCGGCUCAACUGCUGGGCCGACGGUGUGCCGAUGGUGACGCAGUGCCCUAUCCGGCCAGGCCACAACUUCACCUACCGUCUCAAUGUCACCGGGCAGGAAGGCACGCUGUGGUGGCACGCUCACGUCUCAUGCCUCCGGGCGAGCCUGCACGGCGCCUUCGUCAUCCGGCCGCGGCACGCCACCUACCCAUUCCCCAAGCCCGACAGGGAGAUCCCCAUCGUCAUAGGUGAGUGGUGGAACAUGAACCUCGCGCAGUUGGCCAAGAACAUGGAGGAUGGCUACUACGACGACUCCUCCAGUGCAACCACGAUCAAUGGCAAGCUUGGGGAUCUCUACAACUGCUCAGGGGUCGUGGAAGACGGCUUCGUGCUGGACGUGGAGCCCGGCAGGACGUACCUACUCCGCUUCGUCAACGCCGCGCUCUACUCCGAGUACUACGUCAAGAUCGCCGGCCACGAGUUCACGGUGGUCGGCGCCGACGCCAACUACGUCCGCCCCUUCACCACUGACGUCGUCACCAUCGGCCCCGGCGAGACGCUGGACGCGCUUGUGGUCGCCAACGCGACCCCCGGCAGGUACUACAUGGUCGCCGUCGGUGGCCAGGCGCCCAAGCCCGACAUCCAGAUCCCCGAGACCCGGUCGAGAGCGACGGUGCGGUACGCGGUCGGCGCCGGCAACGGCGAUGAGGCGCCGCCGCCGGUGGAUCCGGAGAUGCCUGACCAGCACGACUACAUGGUCUCCUUCAACUUCCACGGCAACUUGAGCAGCCUGAGCCGUCCGAGCUCGCCGCCGGUGCCGGCGACCGCUGACGAGAGCCUGUUCGUCGUGCUCCGCAUGGGCUCCAUCUGCCGCCGAGGCCGGCUGUCCUGCAAGAGGAGCGGGAGCAAGGAGUCAAUCAUCGUGGAGACGAUGAACAACGUCUCCUUCCAGCUCCCCGCCGCGGCGGCCGCCACGCCGCUGCUGGAGGAGCUCUACUACGACCACCACCGCCACAACGGGACGGCCGGCGGCGACGGCAGCGGGCUUGACCAGCUGUACACGCUCCCGGACAGGCCGGCGAGGCCGUUCAACUACACCGACCGCGCCCUGAUCCCGUGGGGACCCAACGAGGCGUGGCUGGAGCCGACGGAGAAGGCGGCGGUGGCGCGGCGGUUCCGGCACGGCGCGGUGGUGGACAUGGUGUUCCAGAACGCGGCGGUGAUGGACACGGACAACCAUCCGAUGCACCUGCACGGGCACGACAUGUUCGUGCUCGCGCAGGGGCACGACAACUACGACGCGGCGAGGGACGUGGCGAGGUACAACCUGGUGGAUCCGCCGCUCAAGAACACGGUGCUUGUCCCCAGGCUGGGGUGGGCCGCCGUCCGGUUCGUCGCCGACAAUCCAGGGGUAUGGUACAUGCACUGCCACUACGAGCUUCAUGUGACCAUUGGAAUGGCGGCUGUGUUCAUCAUAGAAGAUGGGCCGACAUUGGAAUCAGCUCUUCCGGCGCCGCCUGCAGAUUUUCCGAAAUGCGAUCGAUAGAUCACCAGUGUGGCAGGAAAAGGAGUGAUAUCUUGGACAACAUUAUAUAGAGACGAGAUUGGUUUGUUUAGUAUUACUUUUGAUAAUUUAUCCAAGGGGUGUGUGAAUUUGUCAGCCCCCAUAG